AAAAAUUCUUUACUAAUUUCUGGAAACUUUUAAGAUCCCAUAAUGUGUUUAUUUCUAAAUUAUAUAUGUUAAUUUUUCAAAAACCACAAGUAAAGAAAUUAAGCGACGCAAAGGGAUUAGAGCUUAAUUGUAGUAGAAUUUUUAAUUACAUAACGCCGAAUUGACUUCUAUCAAAAGGUCGACGAACUUUGGAAACGUCAUAAUAAUGUUAUCGUGUGAAGUUCAUAACGAACCGUUUAUUAUUAUUUAUUGUUUGAAAUAUACAAAAACAAAUCAUGAAUAGCAUGUUAGAAGAAGAGGAAAUAAAAAUAGAGUAUUUUGAGUCAGUUGAAGAAGAUCCUUUGAGUGAGAAUUGUUUAAAACUUUCGUCUGGAGACUGCCUUUCAAACAUUUGUAAUGAAUCAAAUGUUCUUAAUAAAAAUGGACUCCUGGAUGUGUCACCAUCGAAAGUGAGCCACGGUACAACAAAUAAGACCAUUGAUGAAAAUAAUGAUCCUAUUGAAGAAAACGAAGAAACAUGGUUUGACUCAAUAAAUAAUGACGGAAGAUAUCAAUGUAAAUUCUGUGAUCUCUCAUAUUCAACCGUCCAAACUGUCCGUCAUCAUGUGAAAAUGAAACAUUCAGAUCACUUCAAUAACAUAAAAAAUACAACUAUCAAAACCCUAAGAAGAUCGAAAUUAAAAUGCCAUGUAUGUAAAAAGAGGUUUAAAAACAAGAUAACAAUGCAAGAACACAUUCAAUCACAUGGUGUUACCAACAUACAAAAUUCCUGUUUCGUAUGCCACGCAACUUUUACAACAGACACCGAAAUGCAGACCCAUAUAUCAGAGAAACAUAAAACAAGUGACAAAAGAUACCUCUGCGUACUAUGCGGUUAUAGCACAUCAAAAACUUCGCAUUACAAACAACAUACGUACACACAUACAUUCACAAACCAGCAGAAGUGCUCAUACUGUGAUUAUAAAACUAGUCAUCCACGCAACUUGAAGAUACAUGAACGCAUACAUACUAAUGAUAAACCGUAUACCUGUAGCUUCAAUGGAUGCGGUUACCGUUGUGCCUCUAAGUCUGCUUUGCGUAGUCAUGAAUUGAAACAUGACAGAGAUAAUAAUAUGUUGUAUUGCGAGCAGUGUAGUUAUAAGACAGUGUAUAAGCAAAGUUUGAAAAAACAUUUUGAUAGUCAUAGAAGGAAUAAUGUGAGGACGAAGUUUGGAAGAAAAUUAGACAAAAUGGCAGAUUUAGACAUAAAAAUUAAGAUAGAAGAUAAUGUAGAUGCAAGAAAAGAUCCUACCUCAUUUUUACCUGAGGAACCAAUGUCCUAUGAAAUCAAGAAGAAGAAAAAGAAGAAGAAGAAAGUUCAGGAAGACCCGUUUAAGGAUAUUGAUAAUACAAUGGAUGUCAAACUUGAGCCAACAAUCAUUAUAGACCCAGAGGUUAACAUAAAGGUUGAGAAUAUAGAGGUGGAAUUAGAUUUCAAUGAUUUUGCAGACAACAGCGGCUUGAUGGUAGAAGGUCCUCACAGUGAAGACAGUCAGGAACCAGCAGUAAAAAUCGAACCUCACAACCAUGAGGCCGUCCUUCUAACAUUCGAGAGUGUCAUCAACAACUCGGCUACUCAAGACGUCAGCUACCCUGAAUUUGGGAGUCUACCUCAAAAGGCACCAACACACGUCUGCAAAGUUUGCCACUUAGUCUUUCAAUCACAGAAAACGUUACGCAUGCAUCAGAAACGAAAACACAAAGCAUUCAGGAAGUCAUUCAAACAUGUCUGUGAUUACUGUAACAUGUCCUACGAAAUGAAGAACAGUUUAGUUGCUCAUAUUAAGAGGAAACACGGACCUAACUCCAUGCCCGAUGAUCGGGAGGAACGGACUUGCGAAAUUUGUGCGCUCGUCUUCAAAGGCAUGCCUCGGCUACGAAUGCAUAUGAGAAGGAAACAUGGCUCCUUCCAGGAAUCAUUCAAACACGUCUGCGAAGACUGCGGACUAACCUACGAUAAGUAUAGAAGUCUCAUAGUCCAUAUACAACGUAAACACUCCAAUAAUAAGAAGCCAGAAAUCAGUCAAUGGUUCAACUGCCCAUUCUGUCCAAAAAUAUUCACGAAACGGGAAACCUAUGCGAGACACGUCCAGAGGAAGCAUCAUGUGUCGGAUGAGAGCAUGAAACAAGAUAACGUAACUGAUGCUUAUUUGGAAAGCUGUAAGAAUGAGCAAACUGGUGAGAUCACGUGUAAGGAAUGCCCUCUAGUCUUCUCUUCUGUAAACUUCCUUAAACUGCAUAUGAGGAGAAAACAUAACGCGUUGAAAGAAGACUUUCGGUUGAAGUGUAGAAUUUGUAACUUGUCUUAUGACAAGAUUGAGAGCCUCAAGAGACAUGUUAGGAGAAAACAUGAUAAGGGAUCCCACUGCGUCGUGUGUAAUAAACAGUUUGACACACGAGAAAUGUACUUAAACCAUUCUCAUAUAAAAGUUAUCAAGGAGUGUCAUAUCUGCGGCUUCAUUUUUGCAUCCCAAGGAGGCUUAGCAAAGCAUUUAAGAUGUACACACAAAAUAGAUGCGGCAAAAACCGUGUUCUGCAAUAUAUGCAAUGAGGGUUUCCAUGAUAAACGGCAAUUGAAACCGCAUUUCAUGAAAGUGCAUUUAAAAGUCUCCUACACUUGCCAAUUUUGUAAAAAAGUGUUCAAAGCGAAAGAGAGUUAUCGACGACAUAUAGUAUUUAAGCAUCCCAAUGCCAAUCAUUUUAAUACUCAGACACAGAAAUGUGAUCAAUGUAACGAGACAUUCAAAGAUGAAUUUGAAUUAUGUAGGCAUAUAAAUGGUGUUCACGGUCGGCCAGAAGAUGAACUGAAAGAAGAAAAAGAAGUGUCGAUUAAAAAUGAAGAUUUAGAUAUUAAAGACUGUUUCCAAUGCACCAAGUGUCCGGAAACAUAUUUGACAUGGGAGCAUUUAAAGUUGCACUACGAGCAAAAUCAUCACAACGUUGAAGAGACACAGUGUCAAAUAUGCGGGGAAAUUCUCCCAGGCAAUGAGCUACAGAAGCACAUAAAAACUUUGCACACAGAUACAGAAAUGCAGUGUAAAUACUGUGAGUUUAAAACGAAUAUUAGGGUUAGCUUAACACAGCAUAUGUUGAGGCAUAAGAAUGCUGAGACGAUACACUGUGACUAUGCUGGAUGUAAAUACAAAACAUUUUACGAUGGUGCAAUGGACAAGCAUAGACGGAAACAUGCAGACCAGGGAGUCAAACUCCAAUGCAGCCAGUGUCCAUUCCAGACGAUGAAUAAGUACAUUUUAAAGUACCAUGAGGAAGCUCACGAAACUGGCAAGAAGAGGUACAUGUGUGAUCAAUGUGAUUAUGCAACAAUACUGCCAGCGAACUUAGUCCAACACAAAUAUAAGCAUUCUACGGAGAAACGGUUCAAAUGUGAAGUGUGCCCAUUUGCAACGAAGUAUAAUACUUCACUACGAUUCCAUGUUAGGAAGAAACACUGUGAUCUCCCCACAUUCAGUUAAUGUUUAUGUUUUUUAUUAAAAUAUUUGGUGUUACGAGA